AUGAAACUUUUCGUUGUUCUCCUUCUACUUGCAGUUUUUGUGAGUCACUCCUCAUCCCAAAAUCUCUGCAUCAUGUGCAACCCGUUAAUCGCUAUUCCAACGGAUUGGUUGGGCUCUCAACUGGCUCUCAACGUGGCAUGCAGCGUGUUGUUUCCAGAAAUCAGUGCACCGUGUAUUGGGCUGUUCAACUCAAUCAAUCUGACGUCUUCAUAUCAAAACAUGUAUCCGUUCAUCGUUUCCAUGAGAGAAGAGUUGUGUAAAAAGUGUGCUGUUUGA